AUGCACAGUUUUAUCACAACUGCUCUCCUGGGUUCAAGCUUGGCCUCUGCAGCUAAAUUCAUUGCGCAAGUUAGCGACACAGCAGCGGUGAGUGAGAUCCUCAGCCAGAAUUUCGAACAAAUGGAUCAAAACAGCGGCAUCGGUGCCAUCACGUUAGGGAAAUCGUUUCAGGCCAUCUACGGUGAUUUCCCAGAGUCGAUUCUCGAAACCAUGUAUUACGACGGGCGUAUUGUGGCAAUGUCCAUGGACAGAGCACUGACACCGGCAGAGUACGUGGUGCAGGCAAACGCGCCGUCGCAUUUGGUGCGUUUAUCCCAAAAGGCUCCACUACUCAAGGGCGACACUACCUUUGUGUACCAUUCAAACGCAGGAAUUGGCGUUGACGUUUAUUUGCUUGACACGGGAAUCGAUGCCAAGAAUCCGGCCUUUGAAAAUCGUGUUCAAAAAGUGGGAGAUUAUGCCGACGGACCUGUGACCCAAGGUGAUCCCCAUGGACAUGGAACAGCAGUUGCGGGCGUAAUUGGCUCGGCUCAAUUUGGCGUGGCUAAAAAGUGUAAUCUUUUCGAUGUUAGAAUCGCUGAUCCAGAGGGAAAUGCUAAUUUAAUCGGCACGCUGAGGGCUUUGGAACAUGUUUCCAAGCUGGCCACUGUGACGAGAAGGCCCUCCUUGAUAGUUAUUCCCUACACGAUGGCCAAAAACGUAAUUCUCAAUGCUGCUAUUGAAGCGAUUGUUCGCGAUCUAGCAAUUCCUGUGAUCGCUGCUGGGGGAAACACAAAUCAAAAUGCUUGCAAUGUGAGCCCCGCAAGUGCUUAUGGGGUCUUGACAAUUGGGUCUAUUGAUGUCUCGAAAAAUGACGAGGCUGCCCCAUUCACAAAUUACGGCGAGUGCGUCGAUGCUUUCGGGGCGGGAGUGGACGUUUCAAGCGUUGGACUAGAUGCGUACUCUGAAAUCCAGAAAAGCGGGACGUCCAUGAGCGCUGGAAUUGCUUCUGGACUUGUGGCAUACUUUAUGAGUUUGGGCUUUCAUGGAAUGAAAGCCGUUAACAGAGUAAAGACCUUGAGCGCUUCAGGAGUCAUCCCCAACAUGGCAAAACAACUGCCUUCGACCCGCAAUUCUGUGUUACAGAACAUGUAA